GCACGGCCCCGGUGCCGCCGGGGAAGGCGGGCAGGGAGGGGCCAGCCCGGAGGAGGAGCCCCGCCCGCUGCACUUAAACCCUGUGACCGGCACUGCCCCGCGGCCGGCGGGCCAUGGAGGUGGCACGGGAUUGCGUGGGAUCGCUGCUGCGAUCUUUCAUAUCCAUGGGAGCAUCUGUAGGAGCAGUAACAAAACAGACCCUGUUCCCUCCUCUCAUGCCUGCAGGGCGCCCUUUCCGUGUGUCCAAUGCCUCCCGAAGCAGCAGGAAAGGAAUUGUUGCAAGCAGCCUGCAAGAGCUCCUCAGCAAGACUUUAGAUGCCUUCGUUAUAACUGCUGGAAUAGUUACCCUGGUUUUGGAGGAAGAUGGCACAGUUGUGGACACAGAAGAGUUCUUCAAGUCCCUGGAUGAUAAUACACACUUCAUGGUUCUAGAAAAUGGACAGAAGUGGACACCAACAAAAAAUGGAGUUGUCGCUGUGAGAAAAAAGAAGAAAAUGGGAGUAGCUAACAUCACAUUUGAUCUGUACAAACUGAACCCUAAGGAUUUUAUUGGCUGCUUAAACAUCAAGGCAACUUUCUAUGAGAUCUACUCUAUCUCAUAUGACAUCAAAUGCAUGGGAGCAAAAAGCGUACUGAGGAAAGUGCUUCAGCUAAUGUCCCAUGCAGCACAAAUAACUGGACAGUUUCUGCUCUAUACUGGAACGUACAUGUUGCAGUUGAUGGGUGAAUAUGAUGAAGAUGACAUGUGCACACGAUCCAGGCGGGAGUAGUGACCACAGCUGCGCUUCUGAUGUCGAAUCCUUUUGCUUAAAGGCAUUCUCUUGCCCAGUUCUGAUUGUAAUAAUGUUAUAGUAGGGAGAUGUGCACUAACCUGAGCUAACAUUUUUCCUCUUUGGGAGUGCUUGUAGGCCUUAGUCAGGAAGUGUUGGAUGUUCGCAGCCUCUUAACACCGCAGAAAGAUGGGUGCCUAAUGUCUGAGCAUCUGGCAAAAGGAGAGAGAGGGCGGGGUUUUGCCCCAGCAAUUCGAAAUGGAGAAUAAGUACACUUGGAAAGAUUUGCAUGAUUUGUAACCAGUGCAAUAUUUUUUUUGCACCAAUCAAGACACUGUUUUGUUCUUUUGGGGUUUUUCUGUUUGUUUUGUUGUUGUUGUUGAUGUUUUGUUUGUUUGUUUUUCAUGACUAUCCACUUGCAUUCUGAACAGACUGGGCUGUAAGGCAAGGGCAGGAGGACUGUGGGGUGUGUUUGUUAAUUUGUUUUAAUCCUUAACAGCGCUGGCAUUAGUGUGAAGCUGACAUUGAGGUGAAAUGUACCUAUUUACUCCUGCUGACAACAGAACUUCAGUCCUACUCCAGUGACUGACCCUUCUCAUGAAGUCUAAUUGGAGAUUGUGCAACUACUAAGCAGAAGGCUAAGAUUUAGCCUUACUUCCCUUAAAACAAAUAAAACCUUUUCAUUAUUGUUCCUUUUUUUUUUUUUUUUCCAGUCUUUGGGAUGUUCAGGUUAUUACAGCUCACACAGUCGAAGAACCUGAUAUAUUUUUUUAAUGAAUCUGACGUCCAGUUCUGCCUGAGCAUUCAACAGUCUGCCAUGGUUUCAUGAGUAUGGCUUAUAAGCAACCUGCUGAAGCUUUUUUCAGGGAUUAAACCACCGCUUCUGCAGUUUUUACUGUCACAAGAUGACACUAGGUCAUCAUCAAGUUGGGCUUGAGGUACAUGUAAGAGACGCUGAAUAUUUUGUCGCCUUUGGGUUCAGGGGAGAGCAGCAGGGCACUAUCUAGUCAUGCAUAACAUAGAGGUAUGCUGUAAAGUGAAUAUUUGCAGUGUUUUAGUCUCCCAAGACAAGCUGUAUUAGAGGACAAAGUAAUGUUUCCCGCAGUUUACCGAACUGUUGUUAUGCCCAGCUUUCAGGAAGCUUUUCCUUAACAGUGUGAAAAAUUGGAGAACAAGUAGCCUUAGGCAUCUUGUGUCAAAAUGCAAACUCACGUUGGUGAAGGAAAAAAAAACAACCCAGUUUUGGUUGUUCACAGACGUUGCUUUUGAGGUUUUUUGUUUGCUUGCACAUGAAGAACUUUAGGAAGGCUGAAAGCUGUUAAGGAGAUGUGUCUGUCCUGACAGUAGCUGCCACCUAGUAAGAGCAGCUCUGUUGCUGAGAGAACAAGUGGGGUGGGAGAGGAAAUCAGUGGGAGUGAAAGGGAAAAGACCACUAUGGAGCCCACAGUGCUUGCCAUGCCUCUGAGACAGGAAUCCAUUACCUGUGUGCACCAACUGCACUGACCUGAACUGCUAAAAGAGCAUCAGAAAGGUGGAAAAGAUAAAGUCUCAUGGUUGGUGGAGUCUAUUCUGACCCCUUAGCUGGGUUUCUUCACUUCAAAGGUCACUGCUACAUGGGAAAAUUGCUCUUGCUUUUAGCUGCAAGUUUCACCUUCUUGUGCUUAUUUUUGCCUUCCCACCAUGAGUGUGGCAGCUGGCGCUGCAUUCUUCAAAUCACCCUUGAGAGGAAAGGCAGCCUAAAUCCAAGUGCUAAAGGGACUGAUGGACACAAGUUUGAGUCAGUCUCUUAAGUAAUGGUAUCACAAAUAAAUAGACAGCUAAGAAAAACCUUGGUGUCUUUUCCUAAUUCCUGUUGUUUCCCAUCUACUUCUGAGCGUUUGCUGGAGGAGGCAGAGGGCAUACUGCUCCAGAUAAGGGGAGGACUUGUUCUUUCCUAAUUUCUCCCAGUGAAGAACGUCUGGAGCUUGCAGCACUGUCAGGUGUCCUUCAGAAGAAAACAAUAAACUAUUCUGGGAGUAAUGAGAAAGAUUCCAUUUUGAUAUAACCUCUUCAUGUUUUAUCUGUAUUUUUCUUGACACCCCCUGCAUAAAUGAUUGUUGCCAUGUUAAUUGUUGGCCAAAGUCUUUCUUUCCCUGUCAAGGAAUUGCAUUUAACUGACUUUACACAGGACAUGGUAAUCUUUUCAGCUUUUAAGGACCACUUUUUCUAUUAAAACAAGCGCACCUCGUGAAAGCAAAUCCUCUUAAAUGCUUCUAAGAAUAUUUAUGUUGCCUAAGAUGGGAGUACUAGCAUUAAAAAAAGUAAAACAAAUGAAAUACCUCACUGUUGCUUUGUUUGAGUUUCAUCUUUAACAUCUGUAGUACAAAAGCUUUUGCAUGUCUCAACUGUGCAGAUCCCAAAUUCCAGCCUUCUCUAGCCAGAGGCAAUUGUUACAGGACUAACAGUCCAUAGUUUACAGUGGCACUAUCUGGGAAUCUAGCAGUGAUCUGAAAAGCUCACCUGCUAUGAAUGUGCAAUAUUUUUAAGCAGCUGCUGCUUCAAGAGCUUAACAUUUAAAACUCGAGCUGCUGAAGGUCCUGUGUGCAGCAGUCUCCAUCUUGGAGCAAUUCCCUCUGUCCAGCUGUUUGCAUUUGGAAUUAAAGUAGCUCAGAUUUGAUAUUUUCUCAAAAUGGGAGAAGUGUCCCGGAAGGUGUGUCUAAAAUGGUUUCAUUGCUUGUGAAUCUGGGUCUUUCAUGGGCUUAGUAUUUGGAGCUGAUAUUUGCUACUGUACCAACUUCUUUCUGGAUAUAAAGUUUUUGCUUUGAGUCAAAAUAAAGCUGGCUUUCAGACUGGGA